UGCUGUGGAUAAAGAGUGGAAUGACAGGGAAGUAAAAAAUAUACUAUUUUAAGAAAGAUGGGUUGAGCUAGUCCAGUUUCACGGCAUCAGAGGUUGGUCUGGUGUUUUUGUUGAUUGAAAUCUCGUGAUUUGCCUCAUCUGCAGCUGACAUAACGUACCGCUAGGUUUUCAGAAGUGACAUGAUGUAUCAACUACACCGUCUGAUUCUCCUGUUGGCAUUUUACCAUUCCACUGUGCAAUGUUUGAACUUGAACUUCACAUCAAAAACGAGGCCUAACAUUGUAGUGGUGAUGUCUGAUGCCUUUGAUGGAAGGUUGACAUUUGCUCCUGGCAGAGAUGUUGUUCAGUUGCCUUACACCAAUUACAUGAGGGAAUUGGGAGCAAUAUUUUUGAACUCCUAUACAAACUCUCCAAUAUGCUGUCCUUCAAGAGCAGCUAUGUGGAGUGGUCGCUUUGUGCAUUUGACUCAGUCGUGGAACAAUUACAAAUGCCUUGACCCAAAUGCCACCACAUGGAUGGAUCACUUAAAGCAAAGUGGAUAUCAGACGCUGAGUUUAGGAAAAUUAGACUUCACGUCAGGAGGUCACACUGUCAGCAAUCGGGUGGAGGCCUGGACUCGAGAUGUGCCCUUUGUUCUCCGCCAGGAGGGUCGACCCGUGGCCGAACUCGUCGGUAACUCGUCCACCGUGCGUGUGAUGACUCAUGACUGGAAGAACACAGACAUGGCCUCUGAGUGGAUACGCCACAUUGCUGAGCCAUCCCAACCCUUCGCCCUGUACCUGGGCCUCAAUCUGCCACAUCCAUACAAGACUGAGUCUCUGGGGCCAGACGCUGGAGGCUCAACAUUCCGCACAUCACCCUACUGGCUAAAAAAGGUGUCAUAUGAACACAUCUCUAUGCCAGAGUGGUUGCCUUUCUCUGAGAUGCACCCAGUAGAUUACUACUCCACCGUCACCAAGAACUGCAGUUCCAGUUUCUCACAAGAGGAGAUCAGGAAUAUAAGGGCCCAUUACUAUGCCAUGUGUGCAGAAACAGAUAGCAUGCUGGGUGAGGUGAUCACAGCCCUGCGUGACAAAGGGCUACUUCACAACACGGUUCUGCUCUAUACCUCUGACCAUGGAGACCUGGCUAUGGAACACAGACAGUUCUACAAGAUGUCCAUGUUCGAGGGCAGCUCCCAUGUUCCUCUGCUCAUGAUGGGACCAGGAAUAAAGUCUGGACUGCAGCUUAGUCAGCCUGUCUCGCUGGUGGAUAUCUACCCUACAAUAAUGGAGUUGGCUGGUAUCCCAAGCCCUGGUGGUCUGAGUGGUUUCUCCCUGUUGCCUCUUCUGUCUGGGUCCAAUGGCUCGAGACCAAGCUGGGUGCUGAGUGAAUACCAUGGUUGCAAUGCCAACGCCUCCACAUACAUGCUGAGGACUGGCCAGUGGAAGUACAUAGCCUAUGCAGAUGGCACUAGUGUCCCCCCACAAUUGUUUGAUCUUUCUAAGGAUAAAGAUGAACUAAAGAACCUGGCCUCAUCCUUACCUAAAGUGGUCCAGCAUUUGGACUUGCAAUUACGCUCUGUAGUGGACUACCCCUCUGUCUCCAAAGAGAUUCACCUCUACAACAGGCAAGAAUUCCUUUCAUGGAGACAGAGCCUGGGAAACAACUACACUCAAGUUAUUGCCAAUCUGCGCUGGCACCUGGACUGGCAAAGAAAUCCACAGAGCAAUAUGAAGGCCAUUGAAGAAUGGCUGAUGGCUCACCAGUGACUUAUUUUGAUGAUGGAUCUCAUUUGUGAGGUCUUGUGAUGUUUCUUUCUUCAAAGAUGUGUCUUUCAUCUUGUACGUUUUAGUAUGCUUUCUGCUGUUUUUAAUUGAUUGAUGUCUAUUUGUCUUCAUGGGACUUUAUGAUCAAUAACUUUGCAUCAAAGCUUAAGGUCUGUAGAUGUCCAGUGGUGAGAUUUCUCUUUUUGUCUCUCCACUCCACAAAAUAGCACUUUUUGGAUAUGUGGAUACAUUGUAUGCUUUCAUCACCUAAAAUGAAAUAAA